CGUCAUUGUACAAGAGCUGUUAGUCGAUGGAAAUAAUGAGGUUUUCGUUGAUUUCCGUCGUAAUUCUUGGCUGUUUCAUUGCGUGCUCGUGCAAACAAAAAUGCGAAGACAGAGUUCGCAGUUUGUUGAGCGAGAUAGACUGUAUGAAAAAACGGUUGAAUGACUGUCUUCCAGGAAACCUUCUGCCUAUAGUGCCAACACUCGCUCCAAAACCACAGCCGACAGCACCGCCGACACCGAAACCGACCCCGAAACCGAUUCCGAAACCGAAACCGAAACCGAAACCGAAACCAAAACCAAAACCGAAUCGGAAACCAAAGUGUCUACUGAAGAGUAAAUUCCACAGGUGUGUAUCAGCGGCCAAGUGUGAGUAUCUUCGCGGCAUGGUGGUCACCACAUUGCCGUGUCCUGGCAACAAACUGUGUUGCAACGUAGAGAAAAUAGUAAAAUAAACUCUUAUUCGCCAA